AUGGAGCAUAAUAAAAGAUCAAAUAGAUUAGUUAAGGCUAAAGAAUAUUUGCAGACAAUACAAGAUCGAUUUUGCAAAUUACAACAGAAUCUAGUUUCUAAAAAAGAUUAUAUUAAAUAUCUUGAAAAGGAAAUCUCAAUUCAGGAUAAAGAGCUAAAUCCAUUAAGAUCAGAAAUUUCUAAUCUUAUAAAACAGUUAGAAAAAGUAUUUAAAGAGUCAAAAAACCGAGAAAAUUAUAUAGCUUAUUUAGAAAAGCAACAGUAUUUUCAAAGCCCAGUCACAAUAGCACCUACAAUAAAUAGUAUUAUAGAUUAUCUUAAUAUAAUUUCAGAUGCCAGCAAUAGGUUUGAAAGAUUGGUAUUAGAUAUAUAUCCACAAGUGAAUACUCGUGCAAUUAAUGCAGAAAAUCAAGUAGCAAAUUUGCAAACCCAGUUAGCUAAUUCACAAACCCAGUUAGCUGAUUUACAAACCCAGUUAACUGAUUCACAAACUCAGUUAGCUAUGCUCCAAAAUGACUAUAACCUUCUUCACCAAGCUUAUGGAGCCCACAGAACACAACACAAUAUAUUUAAAUCUCGAGAACUUGAUAGUCGAAUUACAAUCUGUAUGCAAAAAAGACAAAUAUCUAAGUUGUUAGCAGAAAAAUUUACAUUGUGUCUUUUGAAUAGACGAACUCAAAAGCAAUUACAAAAUUGUGAAGCAGAUAGAGCGACAACCGCACAUCUCUUAAAUCUUACAAGAAAUCGAUAUAUCAAAUGGAAGAAAAAAUGCAAGACUUUAAAAAAUGACCUAUUACUUGCUAAUGUUCAGCUUGAUCUCAAGUGGGGUAAGUGGAAAGCCCAAACCCGAAAUUCUGAACAAUUAAUUAAUAAUUUAAAUCAACAAAUAUUUCAAUUACAAAAUAACCCACCAAUUUUAGCAAACAUGGCAACAAUACAAGAAGUAAUGGCUGUAAUAACUCCUUUAAUUGCACCAAUUCUGCAAUAUAUUGGCCAAGAACCUCCAGAAGACUAUGUUAAUAAAAUCAAACAGUUAUAUAAUUGUGGUAGUACAGUAGAUGUUGUGGCAGGCUUUAAUGAUGCUGUAAAAACUCAGAUUUUAGCUUCAAAAAUGGGAGAAAAAUAUAUACUACCUAAUCCAUUUAAUAAUCAAGCAGAAGUUCUUAAUACAGAAUAUCAAAGAAACAAUAUCGGUACUCAACAAAUCACAACUCAAAGAUUAACCCAAGAAAAAUUUAUGUCAUAUGAUACUCCAAAAACUUACGAAACAAAAAUCAAACCAUUUUUAUUAGGAGUACCAAUUAAUAAUAACUAUGUAUUAGGAGUGCUUAAAAAUCAAUUACCAACAGAGCUUUACAAUCGAAUAACAAUAGCACCUCCAGCAGAUAUUCUAGCAUUCUUUACAAGAGGCUCUAUUUAUACCAAUGGAAUUUCUCAACUUGCAUCAUUUCAACCAAUAAUACAACUCCAGUUUCAGCAAAACUUUCAAAACCCUUCUCAACCACAAAACUUUCAAACCUCUUCUCAACCAGUAAUUCAACCCCAGUUACAAAAAAACAUACCUCCACCUUUACCCCCUGGUCAUGAGUAUCAACUUGAGGAAUUUCAUAUGAAUAAUUUUAUGGAUGACCAAGCAAGACAGAUAAGAAUUGGAAUAACUCCUACUCCAUUAAGCAAAUUACCACCUGGAGAGAAAAUAAUUCAUCCAAAGUCUGAAAAAGCCAAAGCCUUACAAGAAAUAAUGGAUUAUCCCAGAUUGGGUCUUGAUAUAGAAGAUGAAAGACCUUAUGAUCCAAUGGAAAUUGAUCUUGCUAUUGUUAAUAUUGCAAGAAGAAUUGGAGGAAAUACUACUAUUCCUACUACGAAUAUAGUUAAUGCAUCCCAAACUGUUAGAAAAAAGAAACCACCUGUUAGAAAGAGAGUUAUUAAAAAGGAAGAGGAAGUUUAUGAAGAGAUAGUUUAUGAGAAUGAGGAUAAUGAAAAUGUCGAGUAUAUAGAAGUUGAAGAUAGACCUGAAGAGAUGCUUUGCAAUAAUUCCACUAUAGAGCAAAAAGUUAUUGAGAUUUGUAAAAAAAAUUUUCAAAAUGAGCUUAGAAAUAUUCUUAAUGAAUUUAAAACUCUUUUAUCUUCUUAUAAUUUAUCACCAGAAUUAGCAAGCUCUAUGGCUUUAGAUGAACCUAUGGAUAUUAAUUUGGUACGUCGUCCUACUAAUGAUCUUACAACUGCUGAAUGUAGAAUUAAUAAUAUUUUAAUUCCCAAAGCAGUAUUAGAUGGAGGUGCUCAGUGUACUAUGAUAAGUAAAAAACUAGCAAGGCAUCUUGGAUUAAAAAUUGAUACAACCAAUCCUCCAUCUCUCGAGGGAGUUGCCACUGAUGCCAGCUCAUAUGGAUGGUGUUAUAAUGUACCAAUUAUAUUUACAAAUAGAGCAUUAACAAGAGAUACAGAUUAUACAAUGAUACAUGAUGUAAUAGUUAGUAAUUAUGAUAAAUAUGCUUUAAUUAUUGGCACUGACUGGCUUGAUCUUGCUGGAGGUAAAGUAGACUAUGAAAAACAUGAAUUUAGAGUUGGCAAUACAUUUGUUCCUAUUUCAGUUCACAGAUCAAAUAUUAAAGAAGAAUGUAUAAAUCAGUUUUUCCAAGAUAUAUGUGCUUAUGCACCAACUCUGUUGUUAGAAUAUGAUUUACCAUCUUUUUCUUCUAAUGCAUGA